GGAGAAGUCCGAUGUUUCCCCCACCUAUUUCAGAAUGCGAGUUACCAUUAAUGGUCUGAAGCCUUUGAUUAUGAAUACAAUCGUGGAAUUUGAGGAUGGAAGUGAGAUUGAGGCAACCCUCGUCUAUGAGAAGCUCCGGAAUUACUGCAAAGCUUGCUAUAUGUUGGAUCAUACUAAAGAAGACUGUCCUCUGGUGUGUAGAGAGCUGUCUAGGAGGGGAUUAGAUUCCCAUUCCACCAGAUUCAACGAAAGAAAGGAGUUGUCUAGGGCUCCGUCUGAGGAAAGAAGAAGAGAGAAUGCUAUCUCGGAUAGCAGCUCACGAUCAAGAUGGAGGAGUUCCUCCUCCUCAGGUAUUUCUCGUCACCGUGCGGGACACCAAACAGAGAGAUCCAGACGCUUUCGUGAGACAGGUGGAGCUAUCAGGAGAAGAGAUGAGAGGGACUCCCUCAGAGUUAGCUCCAGAGAGGACUCUUCACGACGAUCGGGUUCCACUUCAGGACCUGACCUCCGGUCCUCCCUGUCAAGAAGACACAGUGUUUCAGAUCAUCAGCAAUCUCAAAGGCACCAGUCCCCUUCUCAAAGUCUCUCCAGACAUGGUGAAACAGAGGCUCCGUUACCUAAAGAUAAAGGCAAAGGAAAGCUGGUUGACUCCUCUCCUGAUCCUAGAAACACUUCUGGUCUGAGAUUGGAUGGCCUUAACCCGGGUUUCCCUUUCUCCUCCUCAUCUGCUCCCCUUCUGCCUCCCCUGGCACCUAAGGAAGCUCUCGAUGUGGCUAUGGGGGAGCUUCGGGAGGUCAUGACUCAAUAUGCUAACUGCCCAGAUCCUACUGAGAGUGCGGCGAGAAGGGAAAGAGUUAGACAGGCUGAGGAACUUGGUGAGUUUGAAGAAACCGCUGAACAAAUGGUUAGAGCUGCCCAUUCCUCCCUUCCUCUUCCCCCUGGUGAACUCCUUUCGGAGGGAGAAAGCCUUAGCUUGGAAAGAAUUCCCGCCUCCCAGAGGCUGGGUCCAACUUUUGCUGAUCCAGAAUUACCUGCUCCGAAAAGGAGGAUGGUAAAGAAGAAGCUAGGGAGACCCCCUGGUAAAAAGUCAACUCCUUCAAAGUUAGCAGGAGUAAAAUCAAAGAAGAAAAAGCUACUUAGUCAGCAAACAAUCCCCUUUCCCCGGAGAAGACUGAAUAUGGAGCAGGUUGCUUCUCUGGAAGAGGCUGGUGAUCAACAACCUGAAGGGCAAUUAAUCAACAAGCAAAAAUCCUCAGUUUUCUUCUCAAGACGCACCUCCACUGAGAUCCGGAUCAAUGUGAAGAAGUGGCUACAAAUUGAUAGGGAAGGUGGAGUGGGCAAGUACUUGGGUUUACCAGAGCUUUUUGGUCAGAAGAAGAAAGAUCUUUUUGCCUCUAUUGUUGACAGGAUCAGACAAAAGGCAAUCUCCUGGAGCUCCAGAUUCCUUUCUAGUGCGGGAAAGAUGGUCAUGCUUAAGAGUGUCCUCACAGCUAUCCCUACUUAUGCAAUGUCGUGUUUUCAACUGCCUGCAUCCUUGUGUGAUAGAAUCCAGUCAGCUCUGACAAGGUUCUGGUGGGAUAAAAAUGAUCAACAGAAGAAAAUGUGUUGGAUCUCAUGGGAGAAGAUGGCCAGACCAAAACAGACAGGCGGGCUGGGUUUCAAGAACGUUAAGCUCUUCCUGUGGAAAGCUGUUAGUGGUGCAGUUCCCUCUGGAUACCAAUUAGCCACCAGAAUCCCUGCUUUUGACCCUUCCUGCAGCAGAUGUAGUGAUUUGGAAUCCACAGCCCACAUCUUGUUUAAUUGCCAGUUUGCUCAAAGGGUGUGGAAGAUGGCACCCCUUGAAGCUAUCCAAGACGCCAAAGAGUGGCAAGCUGCACAGGAACCAAACUUUGCCAAACCUUGUAGGGUGCCUGUUAGGGUACCUACCCUCAGGAAGAAUCCUCUUUCCCUGGUAAUCCACACGGAUGCUUCGUGGGAUAGUUCUUCUAAGGCUUCGGGCUUGGGAUGGACUCUCUCCUUCCCAGGAUGUCCUUUCAAAAAGAAUUCUGCUCUCUGUGAGCAUGUCUCUUCUCCGCUAGCCGCGGAAUCUUUGGCUGUGCGCACGGCUCUUCUGUCUGCGGUGUCUCUGGGCUACCAGGAUAUUCAGCUCUUCUCGGAUUGUCAAAUCCUCGUUAAAGCAAUCCUUUCUAAGUCUCUUCUCGUGGAGAUUCAUGGCAUUCUGUUGGAUAUUUUUGAGUGUACCAGACGCCUCAACAAUUUCUCCUGUUGUUUUCUUCCUAGAUCUUCUAAUGUUGUAGCUGAUGCUCUUGCCAAAAAAGCACUUGCUUUGUAUUCUCAAAACAUUUGAUUAAUGCAAAGUGGAUUAACAAAAAAUAUAUAUAUAUAUUUCAAGAAAAUAGAUUAUUAAGU